CUGUUCAGCGCCGCUUCAGUCGCCACAUGUUCUAUUUAUUUUGCUGACUUCCGUGGAACGACACCCUUAGUGAAAGCAAGAGUUGCCAGAGUUCUCUCGACGCUUAGAUCGGGACAUCGAACGGCCCGAACGGCCGGCUUUUGGAGAUAUUCGUAUCGAACGGUGAUUCUAGAGGAAAUUUCGCUGACUGGGUGAAAAGUACAGGAUGUCUUGCGCCAGACGGUUUCAAAACCCCCUUGUUUGAAGGUUGCUUUGUUGAACCACAUGAACGCUUUGCUUGCUAGCUCGCUUCUGUUGAGCAGUGGAGCUGUCCAUCUCUCGGAAGCCAGUGGGGUUUGUGAAAAUUCUCCGCAGAAGUCUCAGAAGAGAGAGAAAGAGAUUUUGUGAGCAGGUGUAAGGACAGGUGUCUGUUUUGCGGCUUUGUGUCUUGGUUGCUUCCAGCAAUGUUUUAGGUCUUUAUUGAAUUGACACGAAGGAAGGAAACACGUGUGCAUCAGCAAACGAGGAGCACGAUAAGGUCCAUAAAAGAAGACCACCCGGAAGGUAUACGUGACGCUACCAGAAAUGCAGACAGCGCAUGCUAAAGGUGCCACCUGGGCAGGCGGCCUCAAGGGGUCCCACUUUGCCCUAAAUGACAAUGUGACAUCCACUCUGCUCAGGGUUUGUCCACUCAGAAGUCCGUCCAGGAGACGUUAUAAAACCCUAGCAGCACUCAAAGUGGAUAAUGCACAAAAGCCUCCCCAGCCGUCCACCGACCUGGCAUUGGAGAGCCGGUCUUCGGCGGGAGGGUUGGACACGUUCAAGGAUGCACUAGAUGCUGCAAAGAGCGCGCCGGUGAAGAGUGCUGGGACAGCAGCGAUGUUCAGCGGGGCUGCGGCCAUGAGCGUGCUGAUGUCAGGGGCUGUCCUGCACUCCAUUGACGUGGUACCGCUUGUCCCGGCGGCCCUGCAAUUGUUGGGGGUCUCGGCAUCCAGUUGGUUUGCUCUACGAUAUGUGUCUACUAAGGCAGGGGCAAGGAUACCACCAUCUCCCAUCCGAGCUCUGUCCCAACUGUUGGACCAAAGACCAGGGGGCUCCAAUCUUGACCUAAGCGCCGUUCCGAACUUGGAUGAGGAGACGAAGAGAAAGCUGAAGGUGCUUGCUGAGGAGAGGGACGCUGCACUGGCCGAGAUGGAGAAGGUCAAGGCGUCGACCGGUAAGGUGGCGCGCCUAGUUGCUGAGAAGGAGGCGCUUGAGGCAGUGGCCAUGCAGCUGGCCGAGGAGCGAGAUGAGGCCAUGGGAGAGGUGCGUGCUCUGAAGGGCGCGGUGGACGCCAUGACGGAGCGGAUGCGUGCGAUCGAGGCGAUGCUGGCGCAGGAGGUCGGCGAGCUGCGGCAGCAGAACCAGGCGCUCGAGACGGUGGCCCUGCAGCUGGCGUCCGAACGCGACAGCGCGCUUGCCAAGGUGGCCGAACUUCAAAAGUUGGCUGACGAGACAAACAGGGCGGCCGCAGAGCGGGAUGCGGUGCAGCUGGUUGCGGCGCGCCUGGCGGACGAGCGCGACAGCGCACUUUCGGCGCUAAAGUCUCUGCGCAAGGGUGUGCCUUCAUCCGACAGAAAGGCUGCAAAGACCAAGUAGAAAGGCGGCAAGGCGCUCUACCCACAUACUGUAAAUCCACAAGUUCAUUCACGUUGCAGUAAUCUAGAAGCAGUGAAUGGUCCACUGCAGCUGUAAGGGGUGAUAUUAUAUAGAAGAAUGGCGCCAUUGAGCGAAUAAGAGUGAACGUUAUUGAUGUCAAGUCGUAAGGUAUGCUAGCCUAUUCGUAAUGUCAGUAACCUUCCGCUAUUUGUGAGGAGUCUAUGGAGCACUGCCCCUAAAGUGAGUAACACGUAAUGGCAUGCAAUCCAGAAACGCUGUCUUCAAUCGAGUGUCUUUGAUAUUGUCUGCUAUUCUCUCAUACAUUCUAUGAGGUUCCUUGAGUUGCUGGGGUACGAGUCUUUGAGAUUUACGUGCUUCUUAGCUCAAGUCCAGCUUGAAGGGGUCUACAUCGUUCCCUGGGCAAAGUCAGUACGGCGUUCGUACAUGUCGGC